CAGGACUGAGCAAUUCAUCCAUGCAACAUUGCAAAGGGAAUGAGCCAGCUGAUGAGGAUGUUGAUAUUGGUGGAAAUGAACCGCCAGUCUCUAGCUACCCCUCUGUUGAGAUAGAGAAGGACAUGGACCAUAGAAGCAGUAAGUGCAUCAGCGCAGGUAGCUCUAGUGAUUCAGACCCCAGCAGUUCUGAUAAUGAAUCUGAUGGUGAUAAAGAGGAAAGUCCUGCAAAUGCAUCUAAGGUGCCAGGAGCCAUGGAUUCUGGAGCUCAAUCAGAUAAAAAGACAAGUAUUGAUAAUCCUCUUGAUAGAAAUCAGUCUAUCAGUGGGUUGGAUCAGCUGGAUCAGGCUUCCCAGCCAAAGCCAAGUUCUGUUGAGUCAGACGGUCGCCAAGAUGGGGAUAGUGCUCCAAGUGAGAGGCAGGUUUCCCCGGAAAAGCAAUAUAGGGCUGCCUUGUUGAAGAAUCGAUAUGCAGAUAUCAUUUUGAAAUCCCGUGAGAAGACACUCUCACAGAAUGACAAGGGUGACCCAGAGAAACUUCGUCGGAAGAGAGAGGAACUUGAACUACAGAAGAAGAAAGAAAAAGCGCGGUUACAAGCAGAAGCCAAGGCUGCUGAAGAUGCUCAAAAGCGGGCAGAAGCAGAAGCUGCAGCUGAGGCUAGAAAAAAGAGAGAACUCGAGAGAGAAGCAGCCCGACAGGCAUUGGCAGAGAUGGAAAAGACUGUCGUAGUCGAUGAAAAUCCUCGUUUUCUUCAAGACUUAGAAAUGCUUAGGACUGGCCCUGCUGAGCAUUUGCCAAGUUCAGUUGAUGAGACAAGCCCGGACAACUCUCAAGAUGGGUUGGGCAGUUUCAAGUUUGGAGCCAGUAACCCUCUGGAACAACUUGGUUUGUUCAUGAAAGAUGAUGAAGAAGAGGAAGAAGGUGAGCCCCAUACAACUUCCGAUCCCGUUAAUGAUGUUGAGGAAGGGGAAAUUGAUUGAGAUCAGCUCCUUGUAUUGUCAUGUUAGUAUAAAGAACAUAAAAUAUCUUGAUCCAUUGGACCUAAGAAAAGCAGAACAGAGACAAAAGUGAAACUUGCAUGGGUACUUUUUCUAUGUCCUUUUGUCUUUGGCUGCUUUGAACUUGAGAAAAGAACGAUAUAUACCAAAGGUGAUACUUGAUAGGAAAGAAGCAUGGUUGUAGGGCAAGUUAUUAUGCCCAUGAGCAAAAUGUGUAGUUGUGAACUAGUGCUGGAGGACAGAGAACUGGAGACUUGGGUGUCAAACGAAAAAUGAGCAGCAGCCUGCAUUCUAGCCAAAGUAUGAAAUUUAGAGUUUAAUCCUGGUUUAGCAUUUUGUUGUGAUGACGGAACGUGUUGAGGAGAAAAAAGAAAACAGGAACUGGACAUUUUGAAUACUAUUUAUAUAAUCAUCAAUUCAGCUGUCUCAUUUUACAAUUGUUGUCAUGGAGUUUGUAUAAGAAAACACAGUUGGUUGUUGUGACAGUAAUGGAAGUAUUUUUGAGUAGUAGGCAAUUUCUAUGGACUGAAAA